AUGGGUAAAAGAAAGAAGUCAUCUAGAGGUCCAGCAAAGAAAGUUGUGUUGAAAUUGGAUACAAAGUUUAAUUGUCUAUUUUGUAAUCAUGAAAAGUCAGUGUCAUGUGUGUUAGAUAAGAAAAUGAAUUUAGGUUCCUUGAACUGCAAAAUCUGUGGCCAAUCGUUUCAAACUAGAAUCAACGCUCUUUCACAACCUGUUGAUAUCUAUAGUGAUUGGUUUGAUGCAGUAGAGGAAGUUAAUGCUGGUAGAGCCAGUGAUUCUGAUGGUAGAGAUAGCGAUGAUGGUAGUAGCAGUGAUUAUGAAAGUGACUCUGAUGACGAACCAACUAGAGGAAUCAAUGGUAAAGCUCCUGUUGACUCAGAUGAAGAUGAAGUUGAUUCCGAUGAAGAACAAAUUGGUUCCCAUAAGAGAAGGGGUGCGGUAGUGGAUAGUGAUGAUGAAUAG